AUGGAUAUUGCUGCUGAUGGCUCUAGGCCUAUAUUAAGAAUAAAUGUCAUUGCGAGGUCUCUAAUUGAACCAACAUAUUCUUUUAACGACAACAACUUGGUUGAAAAUGAGAACUUGGGUGAUCAACCAAAUGAGAGCUUUUGUGAUCAAUCAAGUGACAACUUGGGUGAUGAUUCAAUGAAUGUGCAUGAUUAUUCAUUCGAUACUGAAGAUAAGACAAUAGAUGCAGAAGAUUUCGAACAUUUUGAAGAAGAUCAGGGAGAGCCGAAAUUGAGAUCACAACCCAACCAUUCUUUCUCUGAUGGAACUAAUUUUUACAUGUAUCAAACAUUCAGUACCAAGAGUGAGCUACAAUUGUUAUUAGCCGAAGUAGCGACGAUAAAAUCAUUUGAUUUUGCUACAGUGAAGAGUUGUAGUAAAUACUUAAAGGUGAAAUGUGCAUCUCAUAUUUGUGCGUGGAUGCUGCAGGCAAAGAAAUAUGAGUGUUCGGAUAGAUUUCGUACUUACAAGUAUAUUGAUGAUCACAGUUGCGGUGUUGAAUAUGCCAUCAACAGCCAUAGAAAACUCUUGACCAAAGUCAUUGCGUCGCAUUGUGUGAAUCUUUAUCGCGAUGGCAAGGGUCCAAAUGUUGAAGAGAUUCAGAGGACUAUUUUUAAUAUUUUUCAUUGUAGUCCAAGCUAUUGGAAAUGUUGGAAGGGAUAUGUGACUGCCAAGGAUAUGGUUCGAGGGACAUCGGAGCACAAAUAUUCAUGCUUACCGGCCUUUUCAUAUAUGUUCGACACUUUUAAUAUUGGUUCUAGCUAUUGUAUCAUGGGAAUUUUCCCACAUGAGAAAGGUAAUUGCGGUCGACGACACUCAUUUACAUGUUGCCUUUUGUGUCGUGGACAAAGAGAACGAUGCAUCUUUGAAAAGUUGAAGGAUACUGUGGUCGAUGAAUCAAAUUUAUGUUUUAUUUACGAUAGACACAAGAGCAGUGCCAACGAUAUUGCAAAGGUUUACAAUCAUGCUCAUCACAGAUAUUUCAUGAGGUACCUCGGUGAAAAUCUUCGGGUAAAUCACCAAUGUAGAGAUUCCCUUUAUCUAUACUACAACGCGGCAAAGGCAUAUUCUUUGGAGAAGUUCCACGAUCAUUUUUUGGAAUUCAAGGACAAAUCUCCCGAGGCAGCCUUUGUCCUUGAGCAUGAUGUUGGUUUUGAAAAGUGGAGCAGAGCAUAUUCCCCAGGAAACAGGUAUGAUGUGAUGACCACAAAUAUUGCCGAGUCACUCAACGCUAUGUUGAUAGACGAGAGAGAGUACCCCGAGACAUUCAUAUUUAAUUCGAUUGUUAAGAGAUUUGGAGAAUUAUUUAGGGAGAUGCAUGCACAUGUCCUUAAAUCAAAGGGUAAUAAAAUGAUGCCGACUGCCGAAAGGAUCGCUAGAAAAAAAAUGAUCGAGGGCGACUCCUUGUAUGUGGAGAACAUAACUGGGGAUGACAAUCAAUUCACCGUGUUCGGCGUAGGUUCUACUUCCAGUGUUAACCUACUGGAAAAGUUAUGUUCUUGUAGGGAAUAUGACUUGGUCAAGAUACCGUGCGCUCAUGCAAUAGCUGCUUUGAGAUCGAAGCAUGGCGAUGAGUAUGGUAUGAACAUCUAUGAAUAUUCUCCGCCUUUAUAUAAACCGGAAACAUACCUUCUUGCAUACUCUGAAUCUAUUAAUGUUGUCCCUAUCGAGUCAGAAUGGUGUAUGCCAGAAGAAUUACUAAGCGUGAAUAUUCUUCCACCCCUUGUAGAUACCAAGCUUGGAAGGGAGAAAAGAGAACGUGUCAAGGGUGUCAGUGAGAAUUUCAAAAGCAAGAGGAGGAACAAAUGUUCAAUUUGUAAGAGAUCCGGACACAAGAAAACCACAUGUAUGAACAACAACAAAUCUUAG